AUGACACUCAGAUUCACCCGUGGAGAUCUCUUUGCAAGUCAUGGAAGCUGUGGCAUGCUGUGGCAACCCAAAUCACGGCCGGCCUUUGUGUUUGUUUAUGUUUGUUUUGGAAUGUCAAAUGAUGUCAAAAAUCACCGGAUGUGGGAUAUCACGGCAAAAACGCUUGACUUUUGCAUGUCUUACCUUUCUCAUGUACAUUUGCUUGCUCCGAAAUCAGGCAUCCUAAACGAGCAGCCUCCAAAGGCGGAUUUCACAAGAAGAGGUUUGGCAGAAAUCUCCCCGAGGACGCAUUUGCGCGACCACUUGUGA